UUCGCGAAGCAGCUGCUCUUGUGCUAUUAGGCCUCCCUUGGAGGUGCUCGGGCUGCUGUUAGCAAAUCCCACCCCCCCUGGCUGAGUCCGUGCUCGCCCACAUAUCCUGGUGAAACGGAAAAAUACAGAACCACGCGUAUUUCUGUAUUUCAAUUCAGAUAGUGUAAUAACGUCUGUCAGCUCAUAAAACAUUUUACUAUAACACGGAUUUAGUACCUAUCUUCUAUUCUUGUUUAUUUAAAUUAAUACCUACGUGACUUUACUUAAGAUGUACUUUCGUAGAACAUAAUAUUUUCUAGUUUAUAAUUAUAUCGGCCGUGGAGUGUGGUGGUUGGUGGUGGUUUUUUUUUUGGUGAAAAUGAAAGGAAAAUUGAAUCAGGUGUUCGCCUCUUUUGCGAGUGGCUACGGUUCAUUUUUGAUGGGCUUCACCAACGUCUGGCCUUCGUACACGACGGAGCUCUUCAAGUCCGAGCUGACCCCGCUGUCGGCGCCAUUCAGUGAAACUCACGCGUCUCUCCUGGGCAGUCUACCGUCGUUGGGAGCGAUGCUCGGAACAGCCAUAACCGGAACGCUGAUCAACAGUCUGGGCAGAAAAAAUGGUGGAAUCGUUUUAACUCUAUUCAAUGUUUUAUCAUGGAUCAUAGUGGAGCUAUGUUCCUCACCGAUGCUGAUCCUGGUUGCGAGGUUCCUAGCUGGAAUCUCCGGUGGGGGUUUGAUGGUGUUGGCCCCCAUAUUUAUAUCGGAGUUCGCGGACGAUUCCAUCAGAGGAGCUUUGGCUUCAAGUACUUUGUUUCUCUACUGCGUGGGAAUUUUAUUAUCCUACAUCAUAGGCUGGUUCUCUACCUACCAUAUUAUAAUCUGGAUAAGCUUAGCCCUGAGCGUGACCGGAGUUUUUCUCUUUUUGCUGAGUACAGAGAGUCCCGUUUACUACAUGAGGAAACGAAGGGAAGAGGACGCCCGCGCAUCUAUCGCACACUACAAAGGUCUAUCGCCAACUUCCACGGAAGUCAUGGAUGAGCUGACAAGGAUAAAGCAACAAAUCGUGCCAGCUAUUGAACUAGUUUCUGUUACCGCAGAGCCCGACAGCAAAGCAGAAGAGGCUGAAAAGGAGAAACUUAACAAUGAUGAUGAUGUACAUGAACUAGCCAAAAACGUAUCUACUAUCAAACAGUUGUUUACGACGCCAUCGUCACUGCGGGGCUUCCUCAUCGUUUUAACUGUGAUAUCGAUGCAGGUUUUCAUGGGCAUGGUUCCAGUCCAAGUGUAUGCUAAGGAGGUCUUCAGACAGACAGACCCUGCCAAGUCUGAUUUAUACACAGUGCUGUUCGCUCUGACGCUCUGCAGCGGGACACUUGUCACUGCCACUGUAGCUGACAAAGCUGGUAGAAGGGUGUUAUUAAUAGCGUCUUCAGCGCUUGUGUCCCUCUGCAUGGCCUCGCUGGGAUAUCUUCUGCAGAGUAAAAGUGCGUCAUCUUGGGUCACCAUCCUGGUAAUCUUAAUUUACUGCUUCGCCUUCAUGUUCGGAGCUGGUACAGUGCCUUAUGUCCUGCUGGCAGAGGUGUUUGUGCCGGAGGUUCAAAGCUUUGCGUCGAUGCUGAUUGUUGAAUGGGUCUGGUUCCUAGAUUUUGUCAUCUUGGCCAUAUUCAACUACAUGACCACAUUAGUUGGGAUCCACGGUGUGUUCUACGUUCAUGUAGGUACCAAAGCUCGUCAAGUUGAUGACCAACUUCAAGUGGCUCUUCAGCAACUAAAAACAUCACGGGAACAGUGUCAACAACUACUAAAAGAGAGAGAAGACAACGAAGUCGAAACACUCCAGGUAAUAAAGAAAAAUACCAUGUUGAAAGGACAGUUGUCUCAGCUCUUCAUUGAAUACAAUGAAGUUCUUGAGACUAACAAGAAAUUACAAAUUGUUGUAGACGGCUUCGAUCAGUGCAGCGUUAGAGAUAAUAAAUCUAAAAGCCCAAAAAACACAGAGCCUGUACUCGGAACUGAUCGAGAGUGA